AUGAGUACCACAACAAAAUUGGACAAAGAUGAAUCGGGUAAAUGCAUUGAUAUUACAAUGUAUAGAGGUAUGAUCGGAUCCCUCCUUUAUCUUACCGCUAGUAGACCCGAUAUUAUGUUUAGUGUAUGCUUAUGUGCUCGUUUUCAAGCUUGUCCUAAGGAAUCCCAUUUGCAUGCCGUAAAGCAUAUUUUCAAGUAUUUGCAUGGCACCUUGAACCUAGGAUUUUGGUACCCUAGAAAUGUGGACCCUAGUUUGCUUGGCUACUCCGAUGCCGACUAUGCGGGUUGUCUUUUAGACCGUAAAAGUACCUCCAAGACUUGCCAAUUUUUAGGUAAUAGUUUGAUCUCUUGGAGUAGCAAGAAACAAGUAUCCGUGGCUUUGUCAACCGCGGAAGCCGAGUAUGUAGCGGCCGGUUGUUGUUGUGCUCAAAUCCUUUGGAUUAAGCAACAACUUUUGGAUUAUGGUGUUACACUUAGUCAUAUUCCCAUCAAAUGUGACAACACUAGUGCAAUUAACCUAUCCAAGAACCCUAUUCAACAUUCUAGGAGUAAACACAUAGAUAUCCGUCAUUAUUUUAUACGUGAUCAUGUGUAA